AUGGCGUCAUUGAAGGCUGAUAAACCUAUUGGCACCCAACUCUUUGGGCAGGUCAAGAAAGAGCCGGCGAAGACUGGCGAUGCUUCUUCCAAAGCUCCUGCCUCAAAGUCGGCCCCGAAGAAGGCUGCCCCGAAGGCUCAAGAACCUAAGAAGAAGCCAAGGGUGGCAAACCAGCAGCAAAGCACUGAUGCUGAAUGA